AGGAAGGCAAUGUUGGUAUAGCCAAAUAACAUUAGCCAAAAUGCUUGGAGACUUAUUAAUAUUCGGGACUCUACUUAUGAACGCAGGGGCUGUCUUAAACUUCAAAUUGAAAAAGAAAGAGUCGCACGGUUUCGGAGAUGAAUCGCGCGCCCCUACCACAGGUGAUAACAUCAGAGAAUUUUUGCUGAGUCUCAGAUACUUCCGGAUAUUUAUUGCCCUGUGGAACGUCUUCAUAAUGUUUUGCAUGAUACUAUUAUUUGGAUCAUAGAGUUCAUUCUGCUUGUCAAAUAGCAGAUGGAGUUUGGACCACUUGGGACCAUCCAGAACAUGCGUUUCUUUUGGGAAGAUGGCACCGGGGUGAACUCUUGACCCUCUCUAAACAAACACUAAAAUUAAGUGUCGAGUCUCUGCUUGUUUUACGUUACUUUUAUUAUUUGACAUGUCCUCCCAGACAAGGGAAUGGUUUUUUUUUUUCAGGUGGUAAAGCUGGACUCUUGAGGGGGUGAUGAUGAUGAUGAUGAUGAUGAUGAACUAUCAGGCAGUGAAAGUUGAACCCCCUGUGUGUCUGGGGAAGUCUCGCUGUUUUAUAGAAAAAUGAUAAGAAAUGUGUUGGUGAAAGGUUACUUUCUUUAUCACAAAUGUACUCCUCUGUUUCGUGAUGGUGGGACUGCCAAAAAGACACGAAUUGAUGUUAAUAUAUUUUUUCCCCUAAUAUUCGGCGGUAUGGGCACAUUUUGAUAGGAUAGGGAGGCCUUUACAUCAGAUAACGGUGUAUGGGGAUUCCUGAGCUGAAGAGAUCAAUGUUUUGUCUAUUUAUUCAAUCCACUGAAUGGAAAUUGAGCAACCUGGUUGAGGUUGCCAGAUUGGUGUGAGGACUACGACAUGAAAUCAUUUUUAUCCUUCCUUCUCAUACUUUGCCUACUUUUUUCCAAAUAAAGGUUAAAAGUCUCUAA